GAGAUCAGUCAGGAAAGCAUAUCUCAAAGGAAAAGAUGGCAGAAAUUCAGGCCAAAAUUGCAGCAGACCGUCGAAAAUUAGAAGAACAAAAAGAUAUGGCUGAGGAGGAAAAGAACAAAGUAAAAGAUGAUCUCCUAGAAAAAGAAACUGAACUGAAAAAAUAUCAGGAGGAGCAAGAUGCUCUGGCACAGAAGUUGGCAGCCAUUGAGAAAAAGAUUAUAGUGGGUGGGGAAAAUUUGUUGGAGAAAGCGGAGGAACAAGAAAGAUUGCUGGAGGAAAGUGCCCUCGAAUUACAGGAGAGAAAAGUUGUAGAGGAAAAGUUACGCAACAAGCUACAGGAAAAAGAGCAAGAACGUUUGGACAUUGAGGAGAAAUAUUCAAGUCUGCAGGAAGAAAUAACGGGAAAAACGAAGAAACUGAAAAAAGUUUGGACAAUGCUUAUGCAGGCCAAAUCUGAGAUUGCAGAUUUACAACAAGAACAUCAACGUGAGAUGGAAGGUUUGUUAGAGAAUGUACGUCAGUUGUCACGAGAAUUAAAGUUACAGAUGACCAUCAUAGACAACUUUAUACCUCCAGAAUAUCAGGAGAUGAUAGAACAGCAUGUGGCAUGGAAUGAUGAUAUAGGAGAGUGGCAGCUACGAUGUGUUGCAUACACGGGUAACAAUAUGAGAAAACAGACACCACAACCAGACAAAGAUAAGGAGAAGGGCCAGGAGCCAGACUUGUCGAACAUCUACCUUGCCUAUACAGCAGAGGGGGCACAACAGGCUAUGAAGCAGAAGUCAUCCAAAUCAUCACGACCAAAAUCAGGCCGCCCCAAAUCUUCGAGACCAAAAUCAUCAAAAAAAAAGCGUAACAAGGACGCGGAGAUUGACUCUGUACUACAGUGACUUUAUCACGCAGCAUUUGCUUUACUCCUUCUAGACAUGUACCUGUACUGGAGCUGCGUUUAUCUGACCUGGUUGAUCGAAGGCGAUGUUACGGAGAUAUCAUCAUAUAUAAAUAUACAAAGCACUCCCGUUUAUCCAUGGCUGAAUUCAAGGACUUUAUCUGCUGUUAUAAUGUUUCUGGCAGUCAUAGUCACGUGGGUUCUGUCGUUUUCAUUCUUAAGACAUACUACCUGAUUGACUUUUCUCUUUUUUUAAAAAAUCUUUUGUAAUAUUUAACAUUCUUUGUGUCCAUUUUUAAACAAAAUCCAGACCAAUUUUUUACAGUCAAAACAAUUUUGGAAUACAAAUGUACUCUCACGAGUGGAAUAACUCAUGCAUAAUUUAACAUAAAUUUUUAUCUUACAUAAGAUUUACUUGUGUUUGGACCAAGACUAAAAGUUAAAGUGACCAAAUGUUCCCUGUUCAGACAGUAUCAUUUUCAUAACCGGGUUGAAAUUAUAAUCGUGCUACCAUGAUAUUGAUAUUUAUAAGUAUGUACACAUUUAUAUUUUAAUCGUCACUUAGUGAGUGACUGCUGUUAUUACGUAUAGAAGUUGUAUGAUGAUAAAAAAAAGGUUGUGUUAUUUGCUAGACUUAGUAAAUGGCAGUUUUUUAUAUUGGAAGAAUUUUUUUAAUACAAGUACUGUUAUUUACAUGUGCAAAAACUUGAAACUUUAGAUAUGAAAUACUUACCUGCAAUAAUGCAAUUAAUUUGUGUUUAUACUACAACAACAUUUUUGCAACAUAAAACUUAUUUGUUUGAUUUGAGUUGUCCAAACUUAGGGGAGAUUUUACCUUCACCCUUAUAAUGGAAUAGCCCUGCUAUGAAUUUGGAUCUGUUAAUUUUAAGUAAAAGGGGUUCUGCAGUAUUAUUAUGGUAAAAUUGAGUAUUGGGUCUGAUCAGACUGUACUAUAACCACCAGCUAGACUGGUUCUUUUAUGGUGGCAUAGGCAAAUCAAUAUGACUAAAAACACCCAAGUUGAUCAAAAUAUUUUUAGUUUUUGGGUUUAAAUAUGUUCAGGGGUUAAUUAAUUCAGAAAUCUCAGCAGGUCCUUAAGUCCAUAUUAUGGACUGUCCUGUAAAUCCAUAUUAUACUGUUAUUACAUGUCAUAAACUUUUUUUAAGUUGUGCUGAUGAUUUUUUUUAGCAGUUUAGCGUAUUAAGUUAGUGCAUAAUUUAGACUCACACAUUUUUGUUGCGUUUUUUGUCAUUAUGGACCUCUCAGAGCUAUUAUGAUUAUUUUUGCGAUUCCCUCCAUGAUUUAUUUAUUUUUAUUUUAUUUUUCCAUAGAAAAAUGCUGUGAUAAUUUCAAAUUUAUUGUAAAUUUCUCUUUGUGUUUUGUAUCAAACUGAUUUAUAUUGUAAAUAUGCAUAAUUAUAAUAUUGAUCAUUGAAAAUUAAAAUAUCACUUUUUACAUUCAAA